UAAACGUACGAUGGCGCCACACGAACAACAAUCUGAGCCACCGAGUUUUCUGCUUCUAGUGAGUUGUGGAAUCGGCCAUUGCUCCAAUAUUUUUCUUGUGAUUGAAAAUGUUCAACCUCUAAUGGAGAUACGAAAGCGUACAUGAGUACUGAGGUUUGCAUGAUGCCCGGUGGCGGCACCGAAAAUAUGAUUGGAAAUAAUAGGACCAUGGCAAACAUUAAACAAGAAAUUGAGAAUCCUACGACGCCUACGCAAAACUAUCAAGUUUGUUCACCGACCACUACGCUUCAACAUCAAGAGGUGAUUUGUAGCAAAAUAGAAGUACCAGCCGAUUAUGGAGGAGGCGAAGGUAGUCCUGGUAGUCCGGAAAUGCACCAUUGUUCGUCAACCACGCAGCCUUUAGGAACACCAGAGGAAGGUGUUAAAGAAGAAGACAUGAUGCCUAGGAGGCUUUGCCUAGUGUGCGGGGACGUAGCGAGUGGAUUUCAUUAUGGGGUAGCGUCUUGCGAAGCAUGUAAAGCUUUCUUUAAAAGAACCAUACAAGCGAGUAAUUUCACAGGCAAUAUCGAAUACACGUGUCCGGCGAACGGCGAAUGCGAAAUAAACAAGCGCAGGAGAAAAGCGUGCCAGGCGUGUAGGUUUCAAAAGUGUCUUAGACAAGGCAUGUUGAAGGAAGGAGUGAGACUGGAUCGUGUCCGAGGAGGGAGACAAAAAUAUAGAAGAUCCACCGAUCCUUAUACGCCGGUGAAGACAGCUCCGUUGGAAGCAAACAUAGCAACAGCAGCUUCUAACGAAAUAAUAAAUAAUAAGAUGCUAGAAGCUUUGGCUGCUUGCGAACCUGACAUGCUACAAGUGUCCAAUAUCUCUCAUACUCUUGACACAGAUCAAAGAGUACUUGGACAAUUAUCUGACUUGUACGAUCGGGAACUGGUCGGAAUAAUUGGUUGGGCAAAGCAGAUUCCUGGAUUCAGUAGUUUAGCACUAAACGAUCAAAUGCGACUUCUGCAAAGUACGUGGGCAGAGAUAUUGACGUUUAGUCUCGCAUGGAGGAGCAUGCCAAAUAAUGGUAGAUUAAGGUUUGCACAAGAUUUUACCCUUGACGAACGACUUGCACGCGAAUGCCAUUGUACAGAGCUGUACACGCACUGUAUCCAAAUCGUAGAAAGGCUUCAAAGAUUGGGUUUAACGAGAGAAGAAUAUUACGUCUUGAAAGCAUUGAUAUUAGCAAACAGUGAUGCGAGGUCAGAUGAGCCACAAGCGCUAUAUCGUUUUCGAGAUUCUAUCCUGAAUUCCCUAUCAGACUGUAUGGCGACAGUAAGACCAGGACAAGCGCUUCGUGCCACUCAAAAUAUGUUCCUAGUGUUGCCCAGUCUCAGGCAGGUUGAUGGAAUUGUUAGAAGAUUUUGGUCUAGUGUUUAUCGAACGGGAAAAGUACCAAUGAACAAGCUCUUCGUAGAAAUGUUAGAAGCUGCUUAUUAUCGAUGAAAUAUCAACUCAAACUCAAAAAUAUCUGUAUCAAGGACUUCAUGGAAUCGCUGUUAUUCGAUGGUAGCAGCGUUAUAGUUAUAACACGUCAUGAGUGAGUAGGGUACGUCCCUAGAAGUAUAAACGAAAGAUGGUGAGUGAUAGUGAAAAACGAGAAGAAACGGAGAUGUGCAGUUUUAUUUGUUUUCUGUAAGAGAAAGACUCGUAAGAAAGAAAAGGCUUUAUUUUUCAAACGUGAAAAGUAUUGGAGCGCAGAGCUUUGGCCAGUGAUUCCACCGGUCAUCAAAAUUCGCGAAACACAUUAAGAUGUCAGGUACAUUGUUUCGUCGAAAUAACCAAACUUUCCUUUUCGAGUACCCCUUUUACAGGUACAAAGAAAAAAAAACAAUGUUAUUUCAGGAUAGCAUACGUAGUACAAGAUACGAGAUGCUUUUCCGGAGCUCUCAUUUUAGGAUAGUUUACGAAAACCUGUCGCCAGACAGAAGAACCUACCAAAUAACUAAAACGUUUUCAUUUACGUAAGAUCGUGACAUGAUCGCCGAACCGGUGAUAUCGUAGAGAUGAAAUGCAAAUGUACUAACUGUGGGUGUUUGACGUUAUAGAGUUAGCAUCGUGUUACCAAAUACUACCAACUCAAUCAAAAUUACAUGUAGCUCCGAUUCGAAUCUUAUUUUAGUUAUGUCUUUUCUCUGAAAAAAUCCAGUCAAUUUGAAAUUAGAGGAACGCGAAGCGUGUAUGUUUAAGAGCGUUGAAAUAAAAUGAUAUAUGCCAUUUUAUAUAGAAUAAUUGCACAUUUUAAUACCAUUAAGUGUAAAGAUCGAUAAAUGUAAAUCGAUGUGUGUACUGCAUUGAACAUCCAUAGUUAUAGUUCAGCGAAUGAAUUUAGUAUGCGCUGUUGUACAAAUUGAACCAAUUACGUGAACAGAGCUGUGAACAGUGAACAAGGAAAGCGAAAGAAUGGCUGGAUCGUUCUCUAAUUAGCGUCACGCUGUUUUUUACGAGGUACUGUGAAAAAGAUGUUUCGAGAACGAACCUUUGGCCAGGUUGCCAGGUUCUAAGGAAAGCAGAAAAAAUUUAACCGAUUGUUGAAAUGAUUGCGAAAUGUUAUUCGCGCGUGCCACACAGAGAGCGUAGGAGAAUAUAUAUUAUAUUAUUAUAUUAUAUUAUAUUGUAUGUAUUCAGGGAUCUUUAUUAUCUAAAUAGUUAUUAUUGUUACGAGAUCUGUGCACAGAUCUUGCGCAUAAUAUCGCUUUUUUCGAAGCGAGGAAUCGUAAUAUCGUAUAGGAGCUACUACUCACACAUAAAACUCAUUUCUAAAGGAGGAAAAACCGUUUAUAACAAAUUAAUGGAGUCUUUUCUUUGUCGGCUACACGCAACGAAACACGAAGUUUCUAUCGACUUUCGAAUCAGCUUUUUGUUAUUUCGCGAUUAUUCGAUAUUAUCGAGAGAAGGGAAUUGUUUAAUGAAAAGUUAUAAAUAAAUAUUAGGGUAAAUUAUACGUUAUAGCAGAUCGAGUCGCUGGAAACUUUUUAGUGUUGAAGUGCGGUGUAAUCUUGUGACGUUCAGAGUGCAAUAAUAUCAGGACAUGCGAUUACAUUUUUCUACUGGUCAAUCGAUCGCGACGCGUUUGAGUUUUCUUUAUUUGUAUAUUUCGUCUCUGUUCUUCUACCGUUUGAAACUUUGUUUAAACCUCCUGCAUUUAAAUACACGAUGCAAAUAGUUGGCAGCAACGCUUACAUAUUGCGUGUCCUUCCUCCAUUAGUUUUUCUUAAUUACCUAUUACGGUUCAUUCCUCACUACGAAACAGAUAAUGCAACGAAUGCGAUGGGGAAAAAAAGAAAGAAGAAAAUCGCUGCUAAGCCACGGCGAAUUUUUGCCCUGCUUUUUUUUCGGUUUUCUUUAUUACAUGUUCUUCCCUUUUUUUUUUAACGAUGUAGGUUUUUCUGUCUCUUUCUUUCUUUCUUUCUUUUAAUUUAUAAAUUACAAUAAAAGAAAUCACGUUAUUUGUUAUACUGCCUUCGUGGUCGUAAAUUUUGCAAGAGGAUCAAACAUUGAUCGAUUAUUGGUUAAUAAUUUGGGCCGGAUGUUCUGACAUGUGUUGGAAAUGGUUUGUCAAACUACUUGUCGUAGUUUAUGCAAAUAUUCGUCAGGGAAUCAAUAGUCGACGUUUUAAUGGCAUUUGUCGUGUGUUGAUAGCAUCGAACGUUGUCCAUUU